ACCCGGCCGAGAUGAAUUCCUUAACGAAGGUCAAGCUGGUUAGACAGCUGAGUGAAUCUGAAGCUGGUACCACGUCGUGGCAUUCCAUGUAUCAGGGCAGCGCCUGGGUCUUUCUGGGCGGGCUUCCGUAUGCACUGACGGAGGGCGACAUCCUCUGUGUGUUCUCCCAGUAUGGGGAGAUCGUUACCAUCCAUCUUGUGCGAGACAAGAGGACGGGGAAGUCCAAGGGCUUCGGUUUCCUCUGCUAUGAAGACCAGAGGAGCACGGUGCUGGCCGUAGACAACUUUAAUGGGAUCAAAAUCAAAGGAAGAACGAUCCGAGUGGAUCAUGUGAGCCACUACCACCCGCCCCGGGGCUCGGAGGGUGUGGACGACUCCAGCCAGGAGGGCUGUGCGCCCCGGGCCCGCUGGCCUGGGUCCUGGGGAGGCUGCAGGAGAGCACCACGACCCCCGCAGCCCACACUCGGAAACUGGAGAGAUUAUGCC